UUUAUGGUCUGGCAAGAAAAGGAUUGUCAAAAGCAAAAAUUGUAAACCUUAAAUGUGUUUUUGUAACUUGUUUAGAUUUUGGAUUUCCGAAAAAUAUUGAAUGAGACAAACGUGAAAUGGCAACAGAAAAAGAUUUGAUAAAUGCUGUACGAGAAUCCCUAAAGGCCGAUGGAAAUCUUGAUCGAAUAAAAGCGGAAAUGCGUACAGAAGUAAUAAAAUUGCUCGAUUAUUCUAGCAAGGAGAACAAAUCAAAUACUAUAAAACCUUCACACGAUAUUGUUUUUCUCAAUGAACUUGUCCGAGAAUAUCUGGAUUGGAUGGGUUAUAAGUAUAGCUCCACUGUAUUUAUCGCAGAAUGCAAUCUUCCCAAACAUUGCUUGGAUCGUAAACUUCUGGCACAAGGUUUAGGAGUAAAAGAUAGCGGAAAGAGCAAAAAUUUACCGCUGUUGUGUGGUCUUAUACAAACAUUUACCAAUUUAAAAAAUACCUAAUUAUAAGAUCUACACGAGCAUGUAUUGAACUGCGAUUUUUAAUUACUAUUUAUUCAUUUCCUAUAUAUUUAUAUAUGUUACAAAUCUCACAUUUAUUUUAUAUG